GGGAUCCGCGCGUCCGGGGCGGAGCCAGGAGUUCCCGGGUAGGGCAGGUCACUGCGUGCCCUUGGGCGGAGAGGGCAGGCGACUCCGGCCGAAGAGGAGGACGCAGAAUGAGGGUCCAGCGGGUCUCCCAGGCACUGUUUCGUGCCUUCAGCUCGACCUCCCGCACCCACAUGGCGAACAGAGUGGCGGAGAAACAGAAGCUCUUCCAGGCGGACAAUGACCUUCCAGUGCACUUGAAGGGCGGGGGAGCCGACAACAUCUUGUACCGGCUGACGAUGGCUCUGGUUACUGGGGGUGAGUAUCGGGCGGGAAUGAAAGGGGAGCGAAACUGGAGCUGUUCCAGGCUCAGUUUUAGGGAGACCACUGAGUGACAGAGAACUAAGUGG